GCCACACUCCCCUCUAUCCCUUUGACAUCCAAAGAAAGACCAACAAACGUCUCCCGGACACAGGUCGCUCUCCCAACCUCACAACCCUAGUCCCAGCUUCCAGCUUUGAUAGUACUAGACGAAAUAACCAGAGAAUACGAGAAUCCACAAUGAAGUCCCUCUCCAUCCCAACGUUGCUCACAGUCGGCUCCCUAGCCACAGCAGCCUACACGGCCGCAACCCCCAAACACCACAACCAAAAACCCCUCUCCGACGAUACCGACGACCACCCGAUCCCCCUCAUCGUCUGGCACGGCCUCGGCGACUCGUAUGACGGCGACGGUAUCAAGCGCCUAGGCGAAGUCGCCGAGGAGCUCAACCCAGGCACCUUUGUCUACACCAUCAAAGUCGGCGCGGACCCCAACGCCGACCGCUCCGCCACCUUCUUCGGCAACGUCACGACCCAGCUCGAGGAUGUCUGCGCUGAGCUCGCCGCCCACCCGAUCCUCUCCACCGCGCCCGCCGUCGACGCCAUCGGCUUCAGCCAGGGCGGGCAGUUUCUCCGGGGUUACGUCGAGCGCUGCAAUAACCCGCCCGUGAGGUCUCUUGUCACCUACGGCAGCCAGCACAACGGCAUCGUCGAGUUCCGCGCCUGCGGCGACGGCGAUUUCCUCUGCAAAGGCGCCAUGGCGCUGCUGCGGUUCAACACCUGGUCCGGCUUCGUGCAGAACCGGUUGGUUCCCGCGCAGUACUACCGCGACCCCCAGCCGGACCAGUAUGCCAAGUACAUUGAGUCGUCCAACUUCUUGGCGGAUAUCAACAACGAGCGCGAGCUCAAGAAUGUGCGGUAUGCGAAGAACCUCGCCAGCCUGGCCAACUUUGUCAUGGUCAUGUUUGAGGACGACACGACUGUCAUCCCCAAGGAGACGGCGUGGUUCGAGGAGGUCAACGGUACCGAGAGCCUGCCGCUGCGGGCCCGGGCGAUUUAUAAGGAGGACUGGAUUGGUCUGAGGGAGCUGGACCGUAAGGGUGGGCUUCGCUUCCGCCAGAUUCCUGGCGAGCACAUGCAGAUUUCGGAUAAGACGCUCAACAAGACCAUUCAAGAGUUCUUUGGGCCCUUCAAGAAGACUUUCGAGGCUGAGAAGAAGGUCGAGGAGGUUAUCUUUGAGGAGUUGUAAUGGGAUUGAGUCAGGUAAUGAAACAACACGAGUGGAAAGUGCAAAAGGGAAGAUUGUACACUAGUUCUUAUUG